AAGUUACAAUAGCAAGUAACAUGUUAAUAAAUUGUUAUUCAAAAUAAAAGUAAGGUAUAUUGGACUACUCAAAUAAAUGAAAUUGAAUUGGGUUGGAAUUGUUAAUAUUUUUGUAUUUUUUCAGAAAGAUGAUCGUAAGAGUUUUUGUUUAUACCAUUUGUAUAAGUUUAGUAUAUGCUAAUGGAUGUGAAGAACAUGCAGAUUAUAUUUACAAGCCAGAACCAAAACCAAAACCAGUAUAUGAACCCACAGACAUGUGGAUUGUGGCUCAACCUAAUUAUGGACUCAAUAAAUAUACCACGCCCCCUAAAAGACUUGAACCUGUUUUGCGGGGAUAUGAACUAAAAUGUAAAAGUUAUGAUGAUUUAUUUAAUUACAAUUCACCAGAUUUUCAUAAAAUUAAUCAAGUUACAGAUGAAAAAAUAAUAUUUGCAGUAACAAAUAUUUUUCCCUCGACAAUAUCUCCUCAAUUUUUUCACUCAUCAAUAAGUAUAUUUAAUUACAACGAGCUCUACUUGAGCAAUUUAAACAUAACAAACAUAUUACCUGGGGCCUUCAAUAUGCUCCACGAAUUAAAAGUAUUGCGUCUUGAUAAUAAUAAUUUAAGCAAUGUUAAUGAUGGCGUUUAUAAUUCUUUAAGUGCCCUUUCCGAGCUAAAUUUGGAAAGCAAUAAUAUAAAAACCAUCACAGAGCAUGCGUUUCUUGGAAUGACACAUCUAAAGAUUUUAAAUUUGAGAAACAACACGCUGGGCAAUGUUAACGAAACUAUUUUGACAUCCCUGGUGAAUCUUGAAGAACUGGAUCUUUCUAAAAAUUGUGUUACCUCCAUAGAAACUAUUUCGGUUAUGUUUUUUAAGUUGAAAAAACUUUAUCUACACGAAAAUAAUAUUUUUAACCUACAAAAUAUUUCUUUUAAAAACAUGAUACAUCUAAGUGACUUGGAUUUAGGCUUCAAUAAUAUAUCUCUUAUUUCUCCACAAACAUUUUCCGGUUUAACAAAAUUAUUGUAUCUUAAACUAAAUAAUAAUAAGUUAUCUUUAAUCCCUAAUGGCUGUUUUCGGUACUUAACCUCUUUGGAAAUGUUGGAUUUAUCCAACAAUAAUUUAAAUAAAAUAUCCUAUGGUACAUUUGAUAAUUUAAAUAACCUAGAGACAUUGAAUUUAUCAAGUAACAACCUUAUAUCUAUACAAACGAUAACUUUUUUUAGAAUGAAAUAUCUAGAUUUAAGUUCCAAUAAAAUAACAGAAUUUGACAGAGAAAAUAUACAAAAAUUACAAGAGGUAUCAUUGGAUAAAAAUCCAUGGAAUUGUGAAACACUGAUAAAAAUAGUUCAAGACUUAAGCUUAAGGUAUGAUCCAAUAAUAAUUAAACAUGGACACGAAUAUAAUUCCAAUAAUAUAUUGGGAAUAAAAUGCUCAAAAACCGAAAAUAUAAAAUCGGACAACAGUAUUGAAAAAAACACCAAUGAAACCUUUUAUAAAUACUUUAAAGAUCUCGAAGAAAGCCAUUUAUUAAAAAACACAACAUUUGUUUUACAGGGUGUUAUUAAAAAUAUGACCGAAAUCCUUAAAACUAAUUUUGUACAUUUGUUAAAAGAUUUCGAAGAAAGUCAUUCACUAAAAAACACAACGUUUGUUUUACAUGAUGUUAUUAAAAAUAUGACCGAAAUACUUAAAACUAAUUUUGACAAUUUUUUUAAUUCAUUUAAUGCUUCAGAAAACAAAAUUGAAAAAAAUUCAGAAUAUUUCUUGAACCUCACCAUAAAUAAACUAAUGGAAAAAGUUAAAUUUGACCUUGAAAAUAUUGAGCGAAAUAAUGACGAUAUAAAACUAGGAUCGGAAGUUGUAAAGAUAAGAACGAUUCUAGAAACCAUGGCAAAAAUAAAUUUACAAAAUACAAGCAAUAUCUCUUAUGAAAAGUUAGUUUCAAAAAAUUUAAAUGCUUCUGAAGUUACCUCUAUAUUAAGUAUACUUGUUGUUAUUGCAAUAGUUUUAUUUAUUGUUUUGGGAACAUUUAUUUAUAAUAAUUUCUUAAAAAUAAAUAUUAAUAAUAGACAGCCACAAGAAGUUUUGUCACUUAAUUAA